UUAUACCCCACCGCUAACACAAUAACACAGCCCUAAAAAGACAUUAACCAGGAAUUCUCUAGAUCUCUAAAAUUAAAAACAAAUUAAAGAAGUUUUAAAAAGUCGAAAAAUAUCCGAUCUUUUUAGGGUUUCUCGAUCUGAUCUUAAUUUCUCAUCCUCUUCUUCUUAGUAGACGGGAAUUGAUCUUACUUGCAAAUCUAAUUUUCUAAUUUAGAUUUUUGUACGUCAAAACCGAGCCUCUUUUUUAUUUUUGUCUUAGGGUUUGAAUAAUGAACGAUCAGCCAUCACCGUCAAUCAUGAAUCAGCAGCCACCGCAAUUGAUGGGUCAGCCACCGCCGAUUCAUCUUCAAUUACAGAUGUUGAGUCACAGUCAAGCCAUGAAUCAACCACAGCCGUUGAUGAUGAUGAUGAUGAACCAGAGACCUUUCAAGAAGUUUCAAAAUCCGUCGAAGUUUAAUAAUAAUUUUGUUCCUUCAAAGCCUAGAAGCAGCAACAGCAGCAGCAGCAACUGGAAGGGUAAAAAUGCCAACAACAACAAAAGAAUGGAAAAUUCCAAUAAUAACCCUGGUUUAUCUUGUGGUGUAAGUGGCGGCGGUGGCGGAGGGUAUAAGCCACCGAGUUUGAAUGAAUUGCAAACACAAAACAGAAUGAAAGCGCGGAAAUAUUAUCAUCCAAAGAAGAAAUUUAAUAAUCGGUUCGCGCCUUAUGCGCCGAGGAAUACGACGUCGUUUAUUAUCCGGGCGAAAAAAUCUGGCGGGAUUGCUUCGUUGGUUUCUCCGUGUCCGGUGACUCCGGCAAUGUUGCCAACUCCGAUGUUUUCGCCUUCGAGGGAGGUGUUAGGUGAUAUGGCGAAAGAGGAGUGGGGUGUUGAUGGGUAUGGAUCGAUGAAAGGGUUGAUUAGGUUGAGAUCCCCUGGAAAUGAAGCGAGUGAGGAUGAUGAGGAUGAUGAGGAGAGUGAUGUGGAAGAGCAUGUGGAAGUGGAAAGGAGAUUGGAUCAUGAUUUGAGUAGGUUUGAGAUGAUUUAUCCGAGUGGUGGUGGUGUUGGAGGGGAGUAUAGUUAUAAUAAUAAUAAUAAUGUUUUGGAGAAUAGGGUUGCUGAUCAGGACACGCAUAUAGCGCAAUUGGAAGAGGAGAAUUUGACUUUGAAAGAGAGGUUGUUUUUGAUGGAGAGUGAGUUAGGGGAUUUGAGGAUGAGGUUGCAGUUUUUGGAGAGGCAUCAGCAGCAUGGUCAGAGUAGCAGUAGUGCUAUGGUUUUGGAAGAUAUUAAUGAGGAGGUUGUGGAGAAUGUUUCUGAGAAUGAGAGUGAUGGAGGAUCUGAUAUUGGUGUGAAUACUGUAGCUAACGACGGUAACGAGGAGGUGAUGGAGUGGGUGGAAAUGGAGAGAGUAGGGAGGAAUGUUAGUAAUGUUGAUAAGGAGGAAGGGGAGUGAUGAUGUUUGUAUGGAAGAAAAUGCACUGAUGAUCAAUUUAUCAUGAAGCAUGAGGUUAAGGAUGAGAAGGCAGGUAGUGGAUUUGUUAAUGAUGUAGAAAAAGGAGACGAUUUUGUAGCUACUGAUGCAGUUGAUGAAGCAAAUGAUGAAGAGGGAAAGCUAACUUUUACCAGACUGUCUGGUUUCAAAGGUGCAGGAGCCUGUCUAAAGGUGAUACUGCUGACAACAGGGUUGUGCAAGACAAAAUGGUUUCAAAGGAGGACACUUCUAAUGAUAAUCAAGUGUCCUUGGAGAAGAGCAUUGGCGGUGGUGACUAAUCUUUUGUCCCGCGUUAAUGAGAUCUGAAACUUUUGAGCCUGAAGAACUUCUCCCUCUUAAUUACUUUUUUUUUAUUAUUAUGUUCAGGUUGUUAUGACAUGUAGCCAUAAAAAGUUACACAUGAUUGAGUGAUAGUGGAUGGGGCGUGUUUUAAGCUGCAGGCUAUGUUGCUUCCACACGAGUGAUUGUCCUGGUGGAUGAUGCAGAAAUUUGGAGACUUGAUGGUACUGAGGAUCCCUUUUAUGUCAGGUUUAUAAAGAGAUCGACACUUUUGGUCUCUCCGCGUCUGCCUGAAGCUGUGUUCCUGCAUUCCUUUACCCGACAGGAAGAUGGCAGCAACUGUUUGUCUGCUGUAUCAGGUUCAUUGUUAAUACAAUGUUAUUUGUCGAAUCUUGACAGAAUUCAUGUUCAUGUUAUGCUAGCUCAUGUGUCUAUAAUCUAGUCAUGAAUCGAGUGACAGGUAAUUGACAUUUACGGUUUUUGUGGGGGCAUCAUUCAUGGUGUAGAGCCGUAGGUUUCUUGCUUAAUCUUUGAAAUCAAGGAAAGGCCAAAUCCUUGUUUCCUGUGUGGCUGAACCUUGAAAACCCAGCUUCCAAGAUGCGUGGCUAAUCCACGAAGCAACCUUUCAUGAUUUGUUUUUUUUUCCUUUGGAUACAAGGGGUCCUACAGUAGAGUAUACUUUUAAUUAUUUCCAUAAGAAUAUUUCAAACAUCACAGCUGCAUGAGAAGACUAAGAUUUUUCCUUUAAAUUUUGUCUGAAGAGCAAAUGCACUCUUCGUGUGGUUACA